UCCAGUGAGGUAUACGCUACACCGUCAUUUCCCUUUACAACUCAAGCAGCGACACGUGCAAACCCAGCCAUCUACAAACACACACUCCAAAAUCUGGAAGAUCAUCGAAUUCUCGCAUAGGGUUUUUAGAUUAUUCGUUGCGAAUCGCAAAAUUGAUGCACUUUCUGGCACCUCUUUAUAUGUGUUUGGGCGUCUGGAGUGAGGCUGAGCUUCAGUCCUGGAGAGUGAUACCUGCAGAUUUAACAACUGUUCUUGCAUCGAUCGGGUUAGGAAGCUGUUUCAAAUGGCGACUGAUUCGCCGCCGGAAUCCGCCGUUGUGACGCACUCUGAUCUCCUUAUUCAGAGGCUUUCGCGGCUGGAUAUUCCUAGGGAUAAACUGAACCUAGGACCUCGAGGCAUUGUUGAGUUUGCAAGGAGUAACAGAUCCCUUGUUGGACAGUUGGUUUCCGCUAUAUUACCAGCUGAAGAGGAGGUGGAUACUGAUACAUUUCACGAGAGUGAGGUUUGGUUGCAGUGGUUGAUGUUUGAGGAUGAGCCGCAAGUGGCACUGGAGCAGCUGGAGAAAAUGAGUGAUAAUGAGCGAGGUGUUUGUGGGGCUGUUUGGGGGAAUAAUGAUAUUGCAUAUCGCUGCCGGACAUGUGAGCAUGACCCUACUUGUGCGAUUUGUGUUCCUUGUUUUGAGAAUGGAAAUCACAAGGACCACGACUACUCUGUCAUAUAUACUGGUGGGGGGUGCUGUGAUUGUGGGGACAUUACUGCAUGGAAACGUGAAGGAUUUUGUUCAAAACACAAAGGUGCUGAGCAGAUUCAACCACUCCCCAAGCAUGUUGCAGAAUCGUUGGGGCCUGUCCUGGAUUCUUUACUUAUUUACUGGAAAGAAAAAUUACUUUCUGCAAGAAAUGUCUCCGAACAGGGUCCUAGAGUGGUUGGUCAUGCUGCUGAAAAGUGUGCGGAGGAGCUGACCUCCAGUGUGGUGGGGAUGCUUUUGGAUUUCUGUAAACACAGUGAAAGUUUGCUAAGUUUUAUUUCUCAGAGAGUAUAUUAUUCAGCAGGUUUAUUGGAUGUUCUGCUGAGGUCUGAGAGGUUCAUGAACGCUAAUGUGGUUGCGAAGCUCCAAGAGCUACUUCUCAAAAUGUUAGGGGAACCAAUAUUUAAAUAUGAAUUUUCUAAAGUUUUUGUACUAUAUUACCCAUGUAUCGUAACUGCAGCCAUAAAUGAGGGCACUGACACUGCUUUGAAAAAGUAUCCACUUUUGUCGACAUUCUCCGUCCAAAUUUUGACUGUACCAACUCUUACCCCACGUCUUGUAGAGGAAAUGAAUCUGCUAGGUAUGCUGUUGCAAUGUUUGGGAAGUAUAUUCACUCAUUGCUCUGAUGAAGAUGGAAAACUGCUGGUUAAUAAGUGGGCACACCUAUAUGAAACUACUAUUCGCGUGGUUGAAGAUAUUAGAUUUGUCAUGAGCCAUUCUGUUGUACCCAAUUAUCUAUGCCAACGCAGACGAGAUCUGGUUAGAGUUUGGAUGAGACUCUUGGCUUCCGUACAAGGCAUGAACACUCAAAAGAGAGAGACGGGCAGUCACGUAGAAGAUGAAAACGAGAAUGUUCAUUUGCCUUUUGCUUUAUGUCAUUCCAUAUCUAGCAUUCUUUCUCUUCAAGUGGCUGGGGCCUUCUCAGUCAGUGUUAACGAUGAUAAUAAAACAUUUAUCAGCAUGUAUAAACAACAUCAUGAAGACCAAGACAGCCUGAGACAUGCCAAAGUAGGAAGGCUAUCUCAAGAAAGCUCCGUCAGUAGUACUACAGUAAAGGGUGCAGUUGGCCAUGAGGUCAAGGCUAUUGAUAGUUUUCCUGUCCCAUCAUCUGCUUUGUGGUUAGUAUAUGAGUGCUUGAGAUCUCUUGAGAGUUGGCUGGGACUCGACAACACAUUGGGUCCUCUCAAUGCAUUGUCUCUGAAGACAAGUGAUGGCUCUGGCAAUAACUUUUUGGCUUUAAAAAGAACUCUCUCGAGGUUUAGAAGAGGCAGACACAUAUUUAAAUCAUCCACUUCAUCAGGGUUUGACAGUAGCCAGCCUGUGGGACAACUAAGGAAUUGUGGUACUGAUGAUAACAUCAUCGAAGGAGAGAGUUCUUCCGAACCAGAAGGAUUGCGAGUUCUGAGUUUAUCAGAUUGGCCUGACAUCACAUAUGAUGUUGGAUCACAGGAAAUAUCUGUACACAUUCCGCUGCACCGACUCCUGUCAAUGCUUUUGCGGAGGGCACUUAAAGAAAGUUUCGGUGAAGGAUCGUUGCGCGUCCUGAGUACUGAUUCUGUUUCUGCAGAUCACUCAUUUGUCAGACAUGGUGAUUUCCUUUGCCAGAUUCUGGAUGGAUCCCACCCUUAUGGGUUUUCUUCCUUUGUCAUGGAGCAUCCCCUGCGAAUAAGGGUGUUCUGUGCACAGGUUCAUGCUGGAAUGUGGCGCAGUAAUGGGGAUGCUCCCUUAUUAUUUAGUGAGUGGUACCGUGCAGUCCGCUGGUCGGAGCAAGGCCAAGAACCUGAUCUCUUCUUGCUACAGUGUUGUGCUGCUUUAGCUCCACCAGAUCUUUUUGUCCAAAGAAUCCUUGAACGUUUUGGGCUAUCAAACUAUAUCACUCUUAAUACUGAUCAGUCUAGUGAGCAUGAACCGACCCUAGUUACUGAAAUGCUCACUCUUCUGAUACAAAUUGUGAAAGAGCGAAGAUUUUGUGGGCUGACAACUGCCGAGUGCUUACAAAGAGAGUUGGUAUACAAGCUUGCUAUUGGAGAUGCUACUCGAAGUCAGCUUGUGAAGUCUCUUCCUCGAGAUCUUUCAGAAGCUGACGAAUUUCAAGAAGUGUUGGAUAGAGUUGCCGAAUAUUCUCACCCAUCUGGCAUGACACAGGGCAUGUAUAAACUAAGAUCGUCAUACUGGAAGGACCUUGAUUUAUAUCAUCCUCGCUGGAACUUGAGAGAUCAACAAGCAGCAGAAGAGAGAUACUUGUUGUUUUGUAAUGUUUCGGCGAUGUCCGCCCAACUUCCUAGAUGGACAAAAAUUUAUCCUCCUCUCAGGGGCAUAGCUAAAAUAGCUACCUGUAAGACACUUCUCCAAAUUGUCCGUGCAGUUCUGUUUUAUGGUGUUUUCUCUGACAAGCUUGCUACCCCGCGUGCUCUGGAUGGUGUCCUAUUAACUGCAUUGCAUUUGUUGGCCCUUGCACUGGAUGUCUGUCGAUUGCAGAAAGAAUUGGGUGACCCAUUUUGUUAUGUGGGUGACAUCAUUCCAGUUUUGGCAUUUGCCAGUGAAGAAAUACCUACCAGCAAGUAUGGUGAUCAGAGCUUGUUGUCAAUCCUUGUCAUUUUGAUGCGGACGCAUGAGAAAGAAAAUGCACAAAACUUCAUGGAAGCUGGGGAUUUUAAUCUGUCAUCUGUAGUUAUGGGUUUAAUCAAGGCCUUUGUGGCACUUGAACCAGCAUGCAUGACCAAAUUGCAGAAACUUGCACCACAAUUAGCUAAUAAAUUUUCAAAAUCUAUUUCGAAUGAUAAUGCUAGCGACAUGGAUUUAUCAGAUUGUGAAAAACGCAAAGCAAAGUCUCGUGAGAGACAAACUGCUAUAUUGGAAAAGAUGAGAGCCCAGCAAUCCAAGUUUCUGGAGAGCUUUAAUUCCAGCAAAGAUGAUGAGAUGGAAGAUGCCAACCCCGAGCAAGAAGUAUGUGAUUCUGAAGUUAGUAAUGACACCCAGGAGUCCGCUCAAGUAACCUGCUCCCUGUGCCAUGAUCCUAAGUCUAAGAAUCCAGUAUCAUACUUGGUUCUUCUCCAAAAAUCCAGGCUAUUGAGUUUGGUUGAACAUGGCCCUCCUUUAUGGGAUCGAGUUAGCCGGUCUGGUAAAGAGCUUGUCUUGGAUGAUAAGACCCCGAUCAAUAUUUUAUCACAAAGCAGUGUCCCUGAUAGCUCAGAGGUCUCGUUGUCUCAGUUCAAAAAUAUGGUUCAGAGUGCUCUAAAUGAUUUUGCUUCUACUGGACAACCGCAGGAAGUGAAUGCUUUUACGGAGUAUGUCAAAGCACAAUUCCCUACCAUUAAGAAUAUUCAACUACCUUCUGUUUUGAAGGACACAAGGGAGAGCAAAACAUCAUCUUUUGGGACAUUGGAACAGGAUAUGUAUCUGUCAAUAAGAAGGUUCCAAUCCAGUACAAAUGGUUCCGAUUCUCGCAAAGAUGCUGAAAAUUGUUCAACCACUGGAAGCAGUAGCAAAAGAAGCGGCUGUUCCGAAUCUCUUCUGUUUGGUAAAUACAUGGCUGGUUUGUCGAAAGAGCCACAGGAUAACCCUUUGGCUUCACAGAACGGCUCUUGCAGCGAUUGGAUGAAAUUGAAAUCUGGUGUACUGCAUCCCGGAUAUGAUAACUUUAGGCCGACUGAUGCUGAUGGAAUUUAUGUUUCUUCAUGUGGACAUGCUGUGCAUAAAGUAUGUCUGGAUCGCUAUUUAUCAUCACUAAGGGAGAGAUUCAAUAGAAGAAUUGUAUUUGAAGGGGGCCACAUUGUGGAUCCAGAACAGGGAGAGUUCCUUUGUCCGGUGUGUCGGGGACUUGCUAAUUCUGUACUGCCAGUUUUGCCAGGAGAUAAAACAAGGAUACCUCAGCCGUCUGCUGGUUCAACCAUUAAUUUUACAGGUGUGAGUAGCCAUUUAAAUUUCUCCGCCACCGGCCAUUCUCUUCGCCUCCAAGAUGCUUUAUCACUCUUACAAACAGCUGCAAAUAUUGCUGGAGAUCAGGAGAGUCUAAAAAUUGUACCAACACGAAAGUUAACGAUAAAGCCAAAUCUUGAACCUAUCAUUCGUUUGUUAUGUGCGAUGUAUUAUCCUAAACAAGCUAAGAUUUUAGAGACUGGUAGGGUAAGUCAUCCAUUGAUUAUAUGGGACACGCUGAAGUACUCCCUUAUCUCAGCUGAAAUUGCAGCUCGAUCUAGAAAGAAUUCAUUGAGUCCAAAUUACAGCAUUGGUUCUUUAUACAAGGAGCUCCAGUCUUCCAGUGGUUUUAUUUUAUCCUUGCUGUUAGAUGUUACUCAAAGCACAAAGACAACUCCUCAGGCUGUCUUACUAAGAUUUCAAGGCAUCCAGCUGUUUGCUAAGUCCCUAAUGCCUGGUACUAAUCCAAAUGGAUUGUCCAGUUUUCCUACCCAGCAUGGAGAUACUAUGCUUUAUAUCUUGGAAAAUGCUGAAUUGGAAGCUGAGUAUCCCGAUAUUCAACUAUGGAGACAAGCACAUGAACCUAUUAUUGCUCAUGAUGCCUUUUCAUCAUUUAUGUGGACACUAUUCUGUCUUCCAUGGCCGAUGUUAUCUUGCAAGGAAUCUUAUUUGUCCCUUGUACAUGUUUUCUAUGUUGUUUCCAUAACCCAGGCUAUACUUGCAUGCUAUAGCACACAGAAAAGCAUUCAAACUGAAGUGGAGGUCUCUGAUAAUUUAAUGUCCGACAUACACCGAUUGAUUGGGAAGCAUCAAGAAGCUAUGAAGUUUUUCAAGUCCAACCUUGCUGAUUCUUCACAUAAUAUCUAUGAUUCGAUUCGCAUUUUGACAUUUCCUUACUUGCGAAGAUGUGCCCUGCUUUGGAAAUUAAUAAACUCCUCUAGCAUGAUGCCAUUUGGUGAUGAGGCCCAUGCCUGGGAUAGAUCUCCAUGUACACUUGAUGACAUGGAGUAUGUAACCAAUGUGAUGGAAGAGCUUCUGGAGGUUGGGGAACUGGAGAAGAUGUUCGAUAUUCCCACCUUGGACAUCAUCAUCAAUGAUGAAGUAUCAAGAUCAACAGCUUCCAGAUGGGUGGGCCAUUUCUGCGAAGUGUUUGAAGCUCAUAAAUCUUCUCAGGCUUUGAGAUGUACUCCAGCAGUCCCAUUUAAGCUGAUGCUUUUGCCUCAUGUGUACCAUGAUCUGUUGCAAAGGUAUUUUAGGAAGUGUUGCCCUGCAUGUGGAGUUUUGAUGGAGGAGCCUGCACUGUGCUUACUUUGUGGUACAUUAUGCUCUCCAAACUGGAAAACUUGCUGCAGAGCAAGCACUUGUAAGACACAUGCAUUGGAUUGCGGUGCAGGCAUCGGAGUCUUCCUUCUAAUUAGAAGGACCACAAUAUUGCUUCAGAGAUCUGCACGCCAGGCGCCUUGGCCUUCUCCUUACUUGGAUGCAUUUGGUGAAGAGGAUGUUGAAAUGCAUCGGGGGAAACCACUGUUUCUAAGCCAAGAACGAUAUGCAGCUUUAACACAUAUGGUGGCUUCUCAUGGGCUUGAUCGAAGCUCAAAGGUGCUUCGACAAACAACAAUCGGUUCCUUUUUCAUGUUUUAGGCCGUGGAUGUGAAUAACCUGAUAUUCUUCUGAUGAGGUAGUAUAGCAUUCAGAUUCUUGAAUCGGAAAUUAUCUAAAUUUCAUGAUUCAAGUUUCAAUACAAGAUCAGGAAAUCAGUGGCAGCCUUUGAUACUCAACUGUACAGACUUGAUAUAGAGGUUAUAUAUCGUGAUACUAUUUACAUGUGGUUAUCUUCCAACUGGAAUGCGUUACUGGCUGUGGUGUUCUGGUGAACGUCGAUUUCCUCCUGAUCAGUAGAGAGAUAUAUACGAAUAUAUAAUGUCUCAUGUACAGGAAUUUCUCUACUUUCUCUGUGGAUUUUGGGACGAAGAUGGUUUUUUUUUUAUGUAAAUUGUAUAUGGAUGUCUUUAUUUGAAUGUACGAAUCUUCUGCCA